UCCCCUUCGCCGAAGCUCCGAGCAAGUCGCCGAAUUUAGCUUCGCAUUCUCUCUCUCUCUCUCUCUCUCUCUCUCUCGCUACGCCCUCGCACCUCCUAUCUCGCCGUGGAUGAGGGCAGUGAGAGGAGUGGUGGCGCCGUCGAAGCGCGCGUCGCUCGCGGAGGCGGCGUCCUUCGCCGCCGCCUUCGCCGUCGCGGGCGAGGAGGGGCGCCCCGACAUCGCCGCCUACAUCCGCCGCUUCAGAUCCGCCCUUGACGAGCUCGUGCGCCUCCACCGCGAGAUCGAUCCUCACGGGGGUGGCGAAGUGGAAAGCCCUAGUGGAGGCGUUAAGGGAGAGGUUGGGGAUGUGGGCGCUAGGGUUUUGGGGUCGGAGGAGACGAGGGGGAUGAGAAAGAAGAAGAAGCGGAAGAGAGAGGAGGUGGAUGGGGAAAGGAGCGGUUUCGAUGGUGGUGUGGGCGUUGGGGAUUUGGGGGAAGUGAGGAGAAAGAAGAAGAAGAAGAAGGAGAAGAAGAGAUAGGGAAAAGAUGAACUCCAUGGGCUUUUCGGAUUAGGAUCUAAGAAUUUGUGGCGUAACAUUGAAAAAUUUUUGAGUUGAAAUCUGUUCUAUUGGCUUUGUUUGAACAAUUCUAUUCGAACAAUACUUCUGCAGAAACUAUCAACUUGAAUGAGCUUGAGUUUAUGUGGAA